AUUUCUAUUUGGAAAUUACACGUGUCGGUUACUGAUAAAUAAAUAUUUAUAAGUUCUAAGUUUGGGUUUGUUAUAUUGCUUUUAAGAGAGAUCCAGAGGAUCGUAUGAUGGAUGAAGAUUACAUAGAGAGCAGCGAUUCGUCGUCAAACACUUCGGCUCAUCUCCAGCUACCCCCCGGAUUCCGAUUUCACCCCACCGACGAGGAAUUAGUGGUUCAUUAUCUCACAAGAAAGCUUUCUUCUUCUCCUCUUCCGGCUCCCAUCAUUGCUGAACUUGAUUUGUACAAGUUCGAUCCAUGGGACCUCCCAAGUAAAGCAGUAUUUGGGAAGAAUGAAUGGUAUUUUUUCACCCCAAGAGAGAGGAAAUACCCAAAUGGAGCAAGACCAAAUAGAGCAGCAAUUUCAGGGUAUUGGAAAGCAACAGGAACUGAUAAGCCAAUAAUGAGUUGUAAUUAUAAUAUUAACAAUAAUGGAUCAAAUAAUAAUAAUAAUAAUAAUAAUAAUAAUAAUAAUGGAAUUCAAAAGGUUGGAGUUAAGAAAGCUUUGGUGUUUUAUGGUGGAAGGCCUCCCAAAGGUGUCAAAACAAAUUGGAUUAUGCAUGAGUAUAGGCUCCUCCAUCUUCCUAAUAAUAAUCCCAACCCCCUUCAUCCUCACCUCACCAAUCCAACAAAACCUUCUCUCAAGCUUGAUGAUUGGGUUUUAUGCCGAAUUUACAUGAAAAACAUUGCACAAGCAUCCAUCAUAGACCGUGAAAUGGAGGAAUUAUCGAGAGUGGCAGCGAGGCCACCGAAGACGGUGGUCGGCGGAGGACACAAGGGCACCGGAAACUGCUACAUGGACGUGGUGGCUUUAUCAACCGAAGGUGAUCACGACAUAAUUAAUAAUCAUCAAAACAAUUCAAAUAAUAUCUCGGAAUUACCAUCAUCCAACUGCAGCUCCAAACGCGGCCUUACAUGUCAGCUUUGGAGCAGCGGCGGCGCAACCGCAUCCAACGAGGGCGGAAAGCCACUCCGGCUUGAUCUCAUGAAUAGCUACAGCGGCGGCGCAACUACGGCCGGGACUGAGGAAAAUACCGUCUCGUAUAUGUCUCUUCUAAACCAACUGCCGGUUCAAAACGCAGCGUUUCAAUCCGGUGCGCCACUCAUUGGCUCACUGAACGACGGCGUUUUGAGGCAGCACUUUCAACUCCCCACCAAUAUUAACUGGAACUCUUAAAUCAAUUUAAGGUAUUAUUGUAAAAUUUAAAAAGAAAAUAUAUGAUUAUAUAAAUAUCAAAUUUAGGGGAUA